AUGUUCUCCGUUUUGCUGCCCACGAACGGUUUGCUGGUGGCGGCUCUCAGCCUGCUCCUCACCCGCUUGUCCUGCUCCUCUCUGUCGCUCCCGGACAUUCCGCACAUCGCCGCUUACUUCGGGACCAAGACCCGGUACGAGGAGGUGAACCCGCACCUGCUGCGGGACGUCUUCUCCGUCAACGCGUCCGUCCUAAAACCUCCGCCCACCGAGCGCUGCUCCCCGGUCCACCUGACCGCCGUCAUCAGGCACGGCAGCCGGUACCCGACCGUGAAGAACAUCCGCAGGAUCCAGAAGCUGAGCGAGCUGGUCCGGAGAGAAGCUUCCGGAGGCUCCGCGGACUGGCUGCAGGACAUCCAGAGCCACUGGCAGAUGUGGUACACCGAGGACAUGGACGGUCAGCUGGUGAUGAAGGGUAGGGAUGACCUCCGUCAGCUGGCGAGGCGUCUGUCCGUCCUGUUUCCGUCUCUGUUGUCGGAGGAGAACGUGCAGAGGGGGAGGAUCAGUUUCCUGACCAGCUCGAAGCAUCGCUGUGUGAGCAGCGUGGAGGCGUUUCAGGAGGGGCUGCAGCAGCACUGGGGGCGUCACGAGGUGGAGUACAGCCACGAGGUGGAUGACGAGCUGAUGCGAUUCUUCGAGCGUUGCCGUGGUUACGUGGAGGGUGUGGAGAACAACCGCACGGCGCUGCUGGAGGUGGAGAAGUUCAAACACGGGGACGAGAUGGACAGAGUGAGGAGGAGGGUGGCGGAGAGACUGGGCCUCCCUCACCAGCGCCUCACACCGGAUCUGGUUGAGGCAGCGUUCUUCUUGUGUUCCUACGAACUCUCCAUCAAAUCUCUUCACUCUCCCUGGUGUUUCCUGUUUGAUGAGAACGACGCCAAAGUGUUAGAGUACAAGUCGGACCUGAAGCAGUACUGGAAGCGCGCUCACGGUCACGCAAUCAGCAGUCUGUCCAGCUGUCCUCUUUUCCAUCAUGUCUUCAGGACACUUGACAAAGCCGGACGUCCCCGCAGGUCCACAGAGGCGUCCCCUGAGCCGGCCUCCGUCCUGGUGGGUCAUGCCGAGACGCUCCUCCCCCUCCUCUCCCUGCUGGGACUCUACAAGGACCAGACUCCGCCCACUGCCAACAACUACCACUCUCAGCACGGUAGAAGUUUCCGAACCGGCCGGAUCGUCCCGUACGCCGCCAACCUGCUGUUCGUCCUGUACGACUGCCAGCGAGGCCCCCGGCUGCAGCUGCUCAUCAACGAGUCUCCUGCUCGAUUCCCGGGGCUGGAGCAGGAGGACGCACCGCUGUACCGGGACGUCCGGGCCACGUACCGCCACCUGCUGGACGGCUGCGACUUCCACAGGGCGUGCGAGGGGAGGACCGGAGGCCGAGGACCAAACACCGAACUCUGAGAGAUGAAAGGUGUCCAGCAAAAACCAGUAAAACCACAGAAUCCAGUUCAGACAUAAAAAGCAGAAUCUGCUAUAAAAAAAAGUCCAACACUGAAACUGACCGAGUCUGUUUCCUGCAGCAGAGGUGACGAUGAAACCCGCGACACGGAGACUGAGUCUCAGUCUGCGGUGAACCAGCGUCAGUGGCAUUACAGGGUCAUGAAGCUUUAUGUUUAUUUAUUCAGAUGUUUAUGAUCACGUGAUUUACACUGAUUGUGAUUGGUCGAUUCUGUUUGUUGGACCUCUCUUACAUCUUCAGCAGAUUCACUGAGCUACUGACAGCCUGAGGGAGGAUUUUCACAAUAAAGGCUCUGGUGAGUCUGCGGGACGUUCAGGGUGAAUUUUUCUUUCUGUUGUUUAUUUGAAAACAUUUGUUUGUUUUUAUUUCCUGUGGAAUGAUUCCUGAAAGAUGCCAAAUGUUUCUAAUUAAAAGCUUUAAUACACCUUUA